AUGGAUAUUGGGCAGCGGCCAACAAAACACUUGAAUAGCAGCAUCAAGAACAACAUGGUGCAGUUUCUACUCAAGCACAGCCAUGAUGGAGUGCUCGCAAGAGGGGCUGUUAUGGAAGCAGCAGAUGCAUUUGAAGUUAGUAGGAAAACCGUGUACAGGGUAUGGAAGGCAGCCAAGGAGCUGAUGCAAAGGGGAGAACCUGCAAUUAUGCAAGGAAAGAUUAAAGGAUACCAUCAUGCUGAUCAAUUAAAAAUUGAUGAAGAAAAGGUUAGAAACUUAUCUACUCUUGAGAGAGCUUCAUUGAGAAAAAUGGCUGUCAAAUUAAAUGUUAGCAAGAGCACAUUAGGUCAGUGGGUAAAGUAUGGUAAACUAAGGCCACAUACAAAUGCAAUCAAACCUGCACUCACCAAUGUCAAUAAGAUAGCAAGGGUUAGAUGGAGUCUUAGUCAACUUCAACCACAAAUUACUCAAGGUAGAGUUCCAUAUCAAAGCAUGCACAAUGUAGUGCAUAUAGAUGAAAAAUGGUUCUAUAUGACUAAGGCCUCAGACAGGUACUACCUCUUGCCGGAUGAGGAUGAGCCAUAUAGGGCAUGCAAAUCCAAGAGAUUCAUAACCAAAGUUAUGUUUAUGUGUGCUGUCAGUAGACCACAUUUUGGUAUGGAUGGACAGCCAACAUAUGAUGGUAAGGUGGGAAUAUUUCCCUUCACUGAAGUAAUGCCAGCACAGAGGAGAUCAAAGAACAGGCCCAGAGGGACCAUGGAAACCAAGGCAGUCCAUUCAGUAACAAAGGAAGUGAUGAGGGACUGCCUGAUCAACAAGAUUAUACCUGCAAUAAAGGCCAGGUGGCCUGUUUGGGCAAGUAAAGACAUCUACAUUCAGCAAGAUAAUGCAACCCCACACAUAACAGCCAUGGAUCCAGAGUUUCAAGCUGUUGCCAAUUCAGAUGGAUUUAGAAUCCAACUGAUUUGUCAACCAGCUAAUUCCCCUGACACUAACAUCUUAGACUUGGGUUUUUUUAGAGCAAUUCAGUCACUGCAGUAUGAGAAACCAUGCAAGACUGUGGAUGAACUUGUGGGGAAUGUGUGUAGCUCUUUUGCAGAGCUUUCACCACAAACACUCAACAGAGUAUUCCUAAGCUUGCAGGCUUGCCUCACUGAAAUCCUCAGGUGCAGGGGUGGAAAUGGCUACAAAGUUCCACACAUCAACAAAGAUAGGCUACAAAGAACAGUGGGACUGCCCAAUCAGCUUGAGGUGGAGGAGGAUGUUGUGAGAGAGGUUCUACAAUGGCUACAAAUGCCAGAGAACAAUUAUGGGCCAGUGUAUGAUAUAGGCCACCUGUCAAGUGCAUUUGGCAUCUAA